CGAAUCAUUAAAAUCAAAUAAACCUGCGAUAGCAAAAUAAAUGAUAAGUCACAUACAUAACACAUACUACUUAAAGAAUGAAAUAUGCGUAAAUUGUUACAUAAUUUAUAUGGGAUAAACUUUGUAGUCUAGUAAAGAAAAAUUAUAUUGUUGCUUGGUAACCAUACAGUAACAACUUUAAACUUGUAUGCAUAUGUUACGUACCUCACAGUAUUUUAUGUGUAAUUAGUAAGAUAUAAAUUUUUGUUAGUGUUGUUUUAUUAAUUGUUUAGCAUCUUUUAACUAUUUUUUAAAUUAGUACAUCAAGUUAGAAAUAAGAUUCAAAAUAGACAAGUAAUAAUAUUAUAGUUUUGAAGAAAUGACAAGAUGUAAUAAGAGUGAAGUUAAUCUUAAAAGCACUGCAUACAACCAAAAUGGACAAAAUUAUUAUGAACAAUUAACAGCAUAUAACUCUAUGAGCGCGCACUUACGACGCAUUUUGCUGGCCAAAUGUGUUGUUGAUGCUAGAAACAGAAGCUACAUACGUAAAAAAAAACAAAUGUGCAAACAAAUAGAUUGGAAACCACAGUUUGUAAAAACUGAAAUUACAAAUAAUGUAAUUGAUAAAUUAACGUAUGAUGUCUCAUAUCAUCCAAUGGACUUUUUAAGAAUGAACUAUGACUCAAAGUAUUUCAGCCAGUGUGAAGCUCAAAAGUACUUUACUAAUCCGUUAUCCGAUUAUAAUGAGAUCUGUUCACGACCAAAAUCUCACAGUCAUGUAGUUUGUCCAAGUUCAUCAAUAUUUAAAACAGGUAGUUCGGAGCCAGUUACAUCAAAUAGUAAAAAUAUAAGAGAACAGUCUUAUUCACAAUCAAGUAAUAGUUGUAGAAAGAUUUUUAAUUCUACAAGCGUGGAAACUGCAUUAAAAUUUAAAGAUAGAAUAGAAAAAAAUUCGAUGUAUUAUAAAUCUACUUGUGAUUAUUUAUCACAAAACAUCAAUCAUCUUCCAUCAGAAGAUAGCACAUCAAGAAAUUAUAGAAAUUAUGAAACCGCUCAACUAUGUACUGACUUCAUUGAUCAAAAAGUACAUAUAAAGGAUGAAGAAGCGAAAUACGCAAAAUUUAUGUACGAUAUUACACAUGAAAUAAUACUCAAUGGUUUGUAUACUGAUGAAGAACUACAAGAAGUAUUUAAGAAACACAUUGAAGAAAACAAAACAAUUCUAGACACGAAGCGAAUGUUGUACGAGAUUUAUCAAUUAAAACUUGCUUUAAAUAUAUCGGAUAAUUCAGAGGGAGAAGAAUUAGAAGAUCUUGUAUAUGCUCAACAAUUAUUAAAUAUUUCUGAAAUUCGACCACUGAUGCCUCCAAGAGGUUUAAAUGAAGAUAGAGUACUUAAAAAAUUAAUGUGGUAUCAGAAACUAGACGAAAUUAGGCAUGAUACACUAAGCGCUAAAAGUAAAUCGGUCAUAUUGAUUGAUGCUAAUCCCGAAUUACAUAUAACUGAGAGAGAUGUUCUAACGUCACUAAUAGAAGCUGAUAUCAAUCCCGAAAAAGCUCGAAAAAUUUGUAGAAAACUUUUUUUUAAAAGCAAAUCAUUGAACCAAAUGAUAGAACCAAACAAUGGAUAUGGAAUGGAAGAAAGCGAUCAAUUUGAUACCAAUUUAACAGAAUCUUAUAAUUUAAACAAAGUAGAUGAACAGGAUGAAAGUUUUGUGACUGAUGAUCUUGUAACAGAAGAACAUAAAGAUAUACAAACGUAAAAAAUAAUAGUUAUAUGAUGCUAAAAUAUGAAAAUAAGUAAAAAUUCAUAAAAUAUAUUUAAUAUGUAAAUAUAACAAUAUUCGUUUUACAAUCAGGAAAAACAUUUUAAUAUUGUUAUUUUUUCUUUUAUUAC